UUCUUAUUUCUAGUUAAUAUAUGACAGUUUUGCUCAGUACCUGGUAACGGAAAAGGGUUAUGAUAAAGAUUUGCUGACUGUAACUCCAGAAAACUGGGAUUUUUGCUGUAAAGGCUUGGCUUUGGAUCUAGAAGAAGGGAACUUUCUUAAACUUGCAAAAGAUGGAACAGUUUUGAGGGCAAGCCAUGGUACGAAGAGUAUGACUCCUGAAGAGAUCUUGGAGACUUAUGGAAGGAAGGAAUGGAAGCACUUUAAAACAGUCAGUGGAAUGAUCUCCCGUACAGCUAAAUAUUACUUCUAUGAUAACUAUUUUGACCUGCCAGGAGCCCUUCUUUGUGCAAAGAUUGUCGAUAUCUUAGACCAGCAUGACAGUCAGAAAAAAUAUGAUUUUUGGAAGGACGUGAUUGCUGCUAUACAACAUAAUUAUAAAACCUCAGCUUUUAAAGAAAACUGUGGGACAUAUUUCCCAGAAGUGAAAAAUGAUCCAGGAAAAUAUUUACAAAGAUGUCCUGAGUCAGUGAAAAAAUGGCUAAGACAACUGAAAAAUGCAGGGAAGGUCCUGCUAUUAAUUACCAGCUCCCACAGCGACUACUGCAGACUCCUGUGUGAACACAUCCUUGGGAAUGAUUUUGCAGAGUUUUUUGACAUUGUGAUCACAAAUGCUUUGAAACCUGGUUUCUUCUCACAUACGCCAAACCAAAGGCCUUUCCGAACACUUGAGAAUGAUGAGGAGCAGGAAGCUCUGCAAUCCUUGGACAAACCUGGCUGGUAUUCCCAAGGUAAUGCUACCCAACUUUAUGAACUGUUGAAAAAGAUGACCGGCAAGUUAGAACCCAAGGUUGUUUAUUUUGGUGACAGCAUGCACUCAGAUAUUUUUCCAGCCCAUCACUAUAGCAACUGGGAGACUGUCUUCAUUUUAGAAGAGCUUAGAGGGGAUGAAGUUAUAACGCCUGUAGAGACUGAGUCUGAGCCUUUGGAGAAGAAAGGAAAAUAUGAGGGACAUCAUCCCAAAGCUCCUAAUUCUGACUCUAAACAGUGGGGCUCUUACUUUGUGGAUAUCUCAGGAUUGGAAAGUACAGAAGAAACCCUAGUUCAGACAUGGUGUUGCCAAUGCAUUAGUACUUAUAGCACUAUUGCAAUCCCAAGUAUUGAAGCAAUAGCAGAUUUGCCUCUGGAUUAUAGAUUUACCCGAUUUUCCUCAAAUAGCUCUGAAACUGCUGGUUUUUAUCCAAAUCCUCCAAGAUCAUUGCUGUCAAAUGGAUAUUUCAAAGAUGGUUUGGCUUCCAUUGAGACUUGGAGAUCUGAUGCCACAAUGAGGACUCACACACGGGGGGCCCCGAGUGUGUUUUUCAUAAAUGUGGUUUAUUUCGCGUUGGCCUAUAGUACUGAUGAGAACCCAAGAACUGUGAUUCCUUUCAUCAAUGCCAACUACGACAGCUACCCCAUGCUUUACUUUUCUAAAGGAGAGGUGGGAGAUUUGCGGCUCAAGGCGGUCACUACACAUCAGCACAUCACAGAUCGGUUGACUGAGGCAGUGCAGACCAUGCUAUCCAAUCCACUGGAGUACCUUCCUCCCUGGGACCCCAAGGAAUUCAGCUCUCGGUGGAAUGAAAUAUAUGGAAACAACCUAGGUGCCCUGGCAAUGUUCUGUGUGCUCUACCCUGAGAACCUCGAAGCCAUAAACAUGGCCAAGGACUACAUGGAAAGGAUGGCGGCUCAGCCUAGUUGUAUGAAAUAUCUGAUAUCUGUUGCAGUUCAGUGUGCCACCAGUUACUGUUCUGAACCCUGUCUUGAAGAUUUAAAAAUUUGGAUUAACAGGUUAGUGAAGGAUGCGCCAUGGGAUGAAGUUCCUCUUGCUCAUUCUUUAGUUGGUUUUGCCACUGCUUAUGACUUCUUGUACAAUUACCUGAGCAAGAAUCAACAGGAGAGAUUUCUUGAGGUCAUUGCCAAUGCCUCAGGAUAUAUGUAUGAAACAUCAUAUAGGCGUGGAUGGGGUUUCCAAUACCUACAUAACCAUCAGCCUACCAACUGUGUGGCACUGCUGGCAGGAAGCCUGGUUCUGAUGAAUCAAGGCUAUUUGCAGGAAGCAUACUUAUGGACUAAGCAGGUGCUUGCAAUCAUGGAGAAGUCUAUAGUCCUGCUGCAAGAAGUUACAGAUGGAUCUCUCUACGAAGGAGUGGCUUAUGGCAGCUAUACCACCAGAUCUCUCUUUCAAUACAUAUUUCUUGUCCAAAGGCACUUUGGCAUCAACCACUUUAACCAUCCCUGGCUAAAACAGCACUUUGCAUUUAUGUAUAGAACUGUCCUGCCAGGAUUUCAGAGAACUGUAGCCAUUGCAGACUCCAACUAUAACUGGUUCUAUGGGCCAGAAAGCCAGUUGGUAUUUCUUGACAAAUUCAUCAUGCGCAACGGCAGCGGGAAUUGGUUGGCUGAUCAGAUUAGAAAGAAUCGGGUGGUGGAAGGCCCAGGGACUCCAUCCAAAGGACAGCGGUGGUGCACUCUUCACACUGAAUUUCUUUGGUAUGAUGCAAGUUUGCACUCUGUACCUCCACCAGACUAUGGAAUUCCAAAACUACAUUAUUUUGAGGACUGGGGAGUUGUAACAUAUGGAAGUGCAUUGCCAGCUGAAAUCAACAGGCCCUUCCUCUCCUUCAAAUCAGGAAAGCUGGGAGGACGUGCAAUAUAUGAUAUUGUUCAUAAAAAUAAGUACAAAGAGUGGAUCAAGGGAUGGAGGAACUUUAAUGCUGGGCAUGAACAUCCUGAUCAGAACUCCUUUACCUUUGCUCCCAAUGGUGUCCCUUUUAUUACAGAAGCCUUGUAUGGGCCAAAGUAUACCUUCUUUAACAAUGUGUUGAUGUUUUCUCCAGCUAUGUCAAAAAGCUGCUUUUUCCCAUGGGAAGGGCAGAUUACAGAGGACUGCUCAUCAAAGUGGUUGAAAUAUAAGCAUGACUUGGCUGGGGACUGCCAGGGGAGAGUGGUUGCAGCAAUGGAGAGAAGUGGUGUGGUUUUUAUCAGGGGAGAAGGAGUGGGUGCUUACAACCCAAAACUGAAGUUAAAAAACUUCCAAAGAAACCUUGUACUUCUACAUCCUCAGCUUCUUUUGCUGGUGGACCAAAUUCAUCUUGAAGAUGACAGCCCCCUAGAGGCAACAACCAGCUUCUUCCACAAUGUGGAUAUGCCUUUUGAAGAAACUGUUAUUGAUAAUGUCCAUGGGGCCUUUAUUAGGCACCGUGAUGGGAUGUAUAGGAUGUUCUGGAUGGAUGAUGCUGGCUAUAGUGAGAAAGCUACCAUUGCCUCAAAAAUGUAUCCUCGUGGAUACCCAUACAAUGGAACAAACUUUGUGAAUGUAACAACCCACUUGCGACACCCAAUCACCAGAGGAGUUUACCUCUUCAUAGGACCUUCCAUAGAUGUCCAGAGUUUUGAUGUCCGUGGAGAUUCUGAGCAACUGGAUGUCUUCGUAACAACUAGUGAGCAUUCCUAUGCAAUUUAUCUGUGGACGGUUGAGACUGGAGCCCAUUCUGUCUUUGCACAAGUUAUCGCAGACCGACAGAAAAUUAUGUUUGACCAUGUUUCUGCCAUUAAGAGCUCUGCAGUGCCAGAAGUGGAAGAUUAUGUGGGCAUUGUGGAACAGAAUCUUCAGAAUUUCAAGCCUGUUUUCCAGCAGCUUGAGAAGCAGAUCCUAUCCCGUGUGCGCAACACAGAUAGCUUUAGAAAAACUGCUGAGCGCCUGCUGAGGUUUUCAGAUAAGAGACAGACAGAGGAGGCUAUUGACAGAAUAUUUGCUAUCUCCCAGCGGCAGCAGCACCAGCAGCAAGGCAGGGCAAAGAAAAGCAAAAAGAUAGCCAAAGGCUACAAGUUUGUUGAUGCUGUUCCUGACAUUUUUGCACAGAUUGAGGUAAAUGAAAGAAAAGUGCGACAAAAAGCACAGACUCAGGCACAAAAUGAGCUGCCCGUGGAUGAAGAUGAGGAAAUGAAAGACCUUUUGGAUUUUGCAGAUGUUACCUAUGUAAAGCACAAAACUGGGGCAUCACUCAAAGGUCAAUCAGGACUAGCACAUAUGGUGACCACUGCCCGAAGCAGUGCAUCAUUAGUAUCGGCUUCCUACACCCGCCUUUUCCUAAUUCUGAACAUUGCUAUUUUCUUUGUCAUGCUGGCAAUGCAGCUGACCUGCUUUCAAAGAGCCAAGAGCCUACAUGGCCAAAGAUGCCUUUAUGCAGUACUUUUAGUUGACAGCUGUAUAUUAUUGUGGCUGUAUUCAUCUUGUUCCCAGUCACAAUGUUAACAAAAGACCAUGUACUACUUGACCAGUUUAUGGUCAUAUAUGUCUAUGCAAAAGCAUUAACCCUAAUAGGGCCAGAGUUUGUUUGUUCCUUUUCUGAAACAUUCCAGGAGGCAGCUGGGGAAAGAUUGAUUUCACACCAUGAGAGGAAGGAAAGUAAUGGGGCUCGUAAUGCAUUCCUCUGAGAAUUAAGUGCUCCUCAUCUGUUCUUUGGGUUGGAUUUAACAUCUGAAGGAAUGUUAUGCUUUGUUCAUCAGAGUACAUUAUAUUAAGCUGUAAUUAAUUUUUGCAAGAAAGAAAUAGAAUCCUCUUUUAUGGAACUUUUGUUUCCUAAGAGCUUUGGUUUUAUACACAAUUUGGCAUGCAUAGUUUAAUUUCAGGCUGCUGCAGAGGCCUAUAAAUAGGCCCUGGUUUAAAUUGCAGGCCCAGCUCACUAAUAUCCUGGCCCAGUCAUGGCAGUGGCCACCACUGUCACACCCAGAUCAUGGCAACCCAUCCCCUCCCCAUGCCCCCUAAUUGUCUGAGGGGCAGAUUUAGGGUCAGAUCUAAUUGCAGCAUCAAAGGCCUUGCUCCCAAGGCCUCAGCUCACUGCUGAAAAGCCCAUGGCCCCCACACCUCCUCCCCCCACAACUCACUGGACUAAGAUGUUUUUGGUUUGCCUUGAUUUCUUCUUAUUGAAGGCAGAGAGCAGCAUGAUUGCAGCAGGGAAGCAGGCAGGCAAGAGGCUUUAUCCUGGGCUUGGAAACUGCUGGCUGCCUUAGGCAGAAAGACCUGGUGCUGAAAUGUUUGUGUGUGUGCGCGCACGCGUGUGUUCUCUCCCCAUGACCCCAACCGCUGGCACCCCAGUUUUCCUACCUGGAGGAGCAAACAGCCCCUCCCCUACCCAGUGCCAAGGCCCAGAGGAUGGGGAAGGGAGGCAGCCCUCAGGUGCCCCCAACCCUCCAUGCAGUACCCAGGAGCCCCAGUUUUUCUACCUGGACGAGCAAACAGCCCCUCUCUUACCCUUCCCCAAGCUCUCUCCUCCCCAUCCCUUGUGCAACCCCUUCCCCCCUCCCUUGGGCUGCCAGACUUUUGCUGCUGGCUGGACAAUGCUGGGGAAUUCCGCUGCAAGCAGCCAUAUCAUGGCAUUUCAUUGCAAAUCACAUUUUUCAUGAAAAUCACUUAAUUUCAUGAUUUUCACAAAAAAAAUGUGAAAUUGCAAUUUAAACCAAGCCAUACCUAUUAAUGUGGCAUCCUUUCUCAAAGAUAAGGUGUGCAGAAAGCUAUAAGUAGAUUUUAUUCUUUUCCUUCAAACAGUGGCAAUGCAUAGGGGGUGCACAUACAGCCUCUGACAGCGCUGGUGCACCCCCUGACAGCAGCGUUCCUGGGCAGGGGGGCGCAGGUGAAGCACUGGUGCCCCCUUGACAGCGUUGGCUGGGGAGGAGUGUCCCAGGAGAAGCAGUCUCCCCACGGCCGAUCUGACCCAGAAUUGCCAGCAGUGCACCACUUCCAGUUGUGGGUCAGCGGGAUCAGCCACAAGGGACCCCACCCCGGCCUGCGGGAUUGGCCACGGGGGACCCCCCCAGUCGCUGACUGUCCUCGGGGGGGCAAGUGCCCCCCCUGACUCAGGAGGCAUCACUUGCCCAUACCUUCAAAUCAGAGAGCAUAGAGCAGCCUGAUCAAAAUACUUUAGAGCCCAUUUAUCAUGAUACUUCCUCUGUGCCUUAAGAAACAGUCACUGUAGGAAAAAGCAGUUUGUUUCACUGGUGACUGAGAGAAAGACAGUUUCAGUGAUCAACAAAUGCCAGAAAGAGGCAGCCAAGGCACUAAUUUUAUGUCUACAUCUUUACUGUGGAGUUGACUAAUUAGCUCUAUAGUAAAACAUCACCAUCUACACAUGCACUGAUAUUAGGGUGCAGUAAAUGAACUCCAACAUAGAACAGUACUGUAAUGGUACUAUCCUUGGCAGAGUAAUUAUGUGUACUCAAAUGCAUGUGUAGACUGUGAUGGGCUGGCUGGGGCACAAGGAUGCUACAGAGAUGGAGCUGCCUGCCGCCUAGCCCCACACUGUAGCACUCUCAUGCCCUAGCCACCUAGAGCCUGGGGCUGA